UUUUAAACUUUCUAUACUCAAACCUGUUGAGUAUAGUCACUUGCCGCGUUUACGGAAGCCACGCCUUCUAUAUUUAUACUUUAGUUAUUUGCAAACAAUUGUCAUAAUAUUCAGUCAAAGCUGAUUGGUAGGACCUAAUCAGCCUACGUGUACAUAAUUUGUUGUAACUUUAAAUUUAUUUUUACAAACGAUCUUUAACUUUAGACUAUUUACAUUAAAAUUCGACUUUUUUACAUUUUAAAAUGCGGAUUGUUACAUGCAUUGCUCCAGUAAACAUUGCUGUGAUAAAAUACUGGGGUAAAAGAAAUGAAGAACUUAUUCUUCCAAUAAAUGAUUCUAUAAGCGCAUCUUUGGAUACAAAUCAAAUGUGUGCUAAAACUACUGUGAUGAUCAGUCCUGAUUUUGAAUCAGAUAGAAUUUGGUUGAAUGGAAGGGAAGAGUCUAUAGAUAAUAAAAGACUACAAAGAUGCAUUCAAGAAAUUAGAAAAAGGGUAGCUGUUUCUGGUGGAACUUUGAGUGAAGAAAUUUGCCAAUGGAAAAUACAUAUUUGUUCCGAAAAUAAUUUUCCAACAGCGGCUGGUUUAGCAUCAAGUGCAGCGGGUUAUGCAUGUCUUGCAGCUGCUUUAGCAAAGUUGUAUGAUUUCACAGGUAACAUAAGUGAAAUAGCACGUUUAGGAUCUGGAUCUGCAUGCAGAAGUGUUUACGGUGGAUUUGUAAGGUGGUAUAUGGGAUCAGAUCCAACAGGAAGAGAUAGUAUUGCAAAACAAAUAGCUCCUGAAACUCAUUGGCCUGAAAUGAGAAUCAUUGUGUUAGUUGUAAAUGAUAGUAAAAAAAAAGUUUCAAGUGCAAUAGGAAUGAAACGAAGUGUUGAAACAUCUAAAUUGCUUGAAUAUCGUGCUAAACAUGUGCCACAAAAAGUUGAAGAAAUGCAUCAAGCUAUUCUCGAUAAGAAUUUUUCCAAGUUUGCAGAAUUAACAAUGAGAGACUCAAAUCAAAUGCAUGCAGUUUGUUUAGAUACUUUCCCUCCGUGUUUUUAUUUAAAUGAUAUAUCAUGUACAAUUAUCCAACUGAUAAAUGCUUAUAACAGUGCAUUUGAUAGUAUUAAAGUUGCAUAUACAAAUGAUGCUGGUCCUAAUACAGUUUUGUAUCUUCUUGAAGAAAAUGUUCCUUUAGUUCUUGGACUUAUAGAUUUCUUUUUUCCUCCAUCCACCAUUUCAGGUCAAUUAUAUAAAAAAGGAAAUCCUCCAGAAAGUAUUACUCCCACCAAAAAAUUGUUGGAAAAAAUAGAUUUACAGCCCCAACCAAUAGGAAGUAUUCGUAAUAUAAUAUAUACGCGUAUUGGUUGUGGAUCUACUCAACUUCAAAAUCCUUCAGAGCAUCUUUUAGAUAAUAAUGGUCUUCCAAAAAAUAUUCAGUAUUUAUAAAAAUAAGUUAUAUUUAUUUAUAAUUUAUAUUUUUUUAUAAAAUCAAACGUAUCAUUAAUUAAUAAGUUGGGGUAAAAGGAGCAAUUUUUUAAACAAUAAAA